UGGUCAUAUGGCCACACCAAAAAGGACACAACUCAAUCACCUUAAUAGGCACCAAAGUUUCAUCUUACAAAGAUGCAGACCUUGCCCGGUCAUGGAGAACCCAUCACCUGUAGCGGACCACACUACGACAGAGCGAAAGAAGCAAAGGAAUUCGACGAGACCAAAGCCGGAGUCAAAGGCCUCAUAGACUCGGGCGUGACCAAGGUCCCCAGGCUCUUCAUACACCCACCCCAGAACCUGCACAACUUGUCCCCCGACACUGAUGGGGCUGCUACGGGCCUCCAGGUCCCAAUCAUUGACAUGAGGGGCUAUCAGGAUUGCCGGCGGGAAGACGUGGUCAAUGACCUCUGUAGAGCGUCCGAGACAUGGGGGUUCUUCCAGAUAAUCAACCAUGGCAUCCCGGUCAAUGUGAUGAACGGCACGUUGGAAGCUGUCAAGCAGUUCCACGAGCAGCCUGAGGGCGUGAAGAGAGAGUGGUACUCAAGAGAUAAUGCAAAGAAAUUUAGGUACUACAGCAAUGGAGACUUGUUUAGGUCCAAAGCAGCAACCUGGAAGGAUACCGUGUAUUUUGACUUCUCGAGUGGAGCGCCAGACCCAGAGGCAGUCCCUCUUAUAUGCAGAGAGCCAGUUUUCGAGUAUGAAAGACACAUCGAAAAAUUGAAGAAAUCUCUGUCUGAACUACUAUCAGAGGCAUUAGGGCUUGAUUCAGACUAUCUUGGUGACAUUGGAUGCAUGGAAUCCAAGAGAUUCGUAAGCCAUUACUACCCAAUUUGCCCGGAGCCAGAGCUGACUAUAGGCACAAUCAAUCAUUCAGAUGCCUCAUUUCUCACUCUUCUCCUCCAAAACCACCAUGGAGGCCUCCAAAUCCGCCACCAAAACCAGUGGAUUGAUGUGUGCCCAGUGCCUGGAGCAAUCCUAGCCAACAUUGGAGACUCCAUGCAGCUUGUUAGUAACGACAAGUUCAAGAGUGUGGAGCACCGGGUCGUUGCCAGGAAGGCCGGGCCCCGGGUGUCAGUCGCAUGCUUCCUCGUACCAGGAGAGACACAGAAGUCGAAGCCGUAUGGGCCAAUAAAGGAGCUUCUCGAUGAGGACAAUCCACCCAUGUACAGAGAGACCACUUUCACAGAGUAUUUUGGGUUUUACCUCUCCAGUGGCAAUGGCCUGAAUGGUGAAUCUGUGCUUCCUCAUUUCAGAGUGAGCGAGUCCAAGUAGAGAGUACACACAUGUGACACGUGUAAAAGCUUCAUUGAAGGUGUUCGCGCUCACAUGAAUAAUGACGGAUCAAUCUUUUCAUGAGAUAUAAUGGGUAACGAGUUUCACCAUCUCUUUAAAUUUCAUCCGUUAGAGCUGUCAUAAGCGAUCUCUAUAAUGGCAAAUUUAGGACCGUUUACUUGUGUUA